GCAAUAAUGCACCAUGAAGGUCACAUGGAUGAUGGUUUAACAUUGUCCAGAUCUCAGAAUGAAGAGUCCCGUACAGCACGUGUCAUCCGUAGUACAGUCUUCCUUUUCAAUAGAUUUAUAAGGGGCCUUGAUGCUCUCAGCAAGAAAGUGAAGUCUUCCACUGUCGAUUUGCCUAUCGAGUCAGUCAGCCUGAGCCUUCAGGACUUGAUUGGCUACUUUCACCCCCCUGAUGAACAUUUGGAGCAUGAAGACAAACAAAACAGGCUCCGAGCACUGAAGAAUCGCCAGAACCUCUUCCAGGAAGAGGGUAUGAUCAACCUUGUUCUUGAAUGUAUUGAUCGCUUGAAUGUAUACAGCAGUGCAGCUCAUUUUGCAGACGUAGCUGGGAAGGAAGCUGGAGAGGCAUGGAAAUCUAUUCUGAAUUCUUUGUAUGAAUUAUUAG